AUUUUUCUUAUCUCGUUUGGCAAACCCUAUUUUAGUAUUGUCUCUACUUGGAAUCUGAAUUUUGAGAGGUUACAGUGAAGCACAGUAGGAGUGGAAUGGGUUAGACUUUUGGGGAGCGGCGUGUGAAUAGUUGCUUAGAUUGAAGUAAGAGUCGGUCAGAUUUGAAAUUUGAAAUCCGGAGAGUUUGAUAAUCGGAGUUUCAGAAGGCUUAGGGUUUCUGUGAAGGAUUUUGAUGGGCGAGGAAGGUGUGGUUUGAUAAAUUUUGACGGUGCCAUCUCUACUGCGACAGGUUAGUGAAGGAUGAGUCAUUCUAUUGGCUCGCCGAACCAGAAAAACUAUGACGUGGAAGCCGGAAGUAACCGCUCCGGCGACGACGAGGAGUCCAACAAUGUGUUUGAGAUUCACAGGACCAAGCACGUGUCCGUCGAUCGUCUCCGGCGCUGGAGGCAAGCGGCACUUGUGCUAAAUGCUUCUCGUCGAUUCCGUUACACCUUGGACUUGAAAAAGGAGGAAGAAAAAAAACAGACGUUAAGGAAGAUUAGAGCACAUGCACAAGCCAUACGAGCCGCAUUUCUUUUCAAGGAUUCUGUACCCCUGGAAAAUGGAACUGUGCCACCAAAACCACGUUCUGCUGGUGAAUUUCCAAUUGACCAAGAAGAACUAGCUUCAAUUUCAAGGGAUCAUAAUUUUACUACUCUGCAGCAAUAUGGCGGGGUCAAAGGCCUCUGUGAUUUAUUGAAAACAAGUUUAGAAAAGGGAAUUCCUGGAAGUGAUGAUGAUUUACUAAAACGAAAGAAUGCAUAUGGAUCCAACACAUAUCCCCGGAAAAAACCAAGGAGUUUCUGGAGGUUUCUCUGGGAAGCUUGCCAAGAUCUUACUCUUAUCAUUCUGAUGGUAGCUGCCGUGGCUUCUUUAGCGCUGGGUAUAAAAACAGAGGGUAUAAAGAAGGGUUGGUACGAUGGGGGCAGCAUUGCUUUUGCGGUUCUCCUAGUCAUUGUCGUGACAGCCAUUAGUGAUUACAAACAAUCUCUACAGUUCCAGAAUCUAAAUGAGGAAAAGAGAAAUAUACAAAUUGAGGUUAUCAGAGGUGGUAGACGUGUUGAGGUUUCAAUUUAUGAUCUUGUUGUUGGUGAUGUUAUACCCCUUAACAUUGGUGAUCAGGUUCCUGCUGAUGGGGUUUUAAUCACUGGUCAUUCACUUUCAAUUGAUGAGUCUAGCAUGACUGGCGAGUCAAAGAUUGUUCGCAAGGACACCAAGGAACCAUUUUUAAUGUCGGGCUGCAAAGUAGCAGAUGGAAAUGGUAUUAUGCUGGUAACUAGUGUUGGGAUUAAUACUGAAUGGGGAUUACUCAUGGCUAGUAUCUCAGAAGACACCGGUGAAGAAACACCCUUGCAGGUGCGCUUAAACGGAGUUGCUACAUUCAUUGGUAUUGUGGGACUCACAGUGGCCUUUUUGGUCUUGAUCGUCCUUUUGGUCAGAUACUUUACUGGUCAUACACUAAAUGCAAAUGGAACUCCUCAGUUUGUUAGCGGGACGACGAAAUUUGGGAAAGCCAUAGAUGGAGCCAUCAAAAUUGUCACUAUUGCAGUCACCAUUGUAGUGGUUGCUGUUCCUGAAGGCCUCCCCUUAGCUGUUACCUUAACACUUGCCUACUCAAUGAGAAAAAUGAUGGCAGAUAAGGCCUUGGUACGUAGGCUUUCUGCAUGUGAAACAAUGGGCUCGGCCACUACUAUAUGCAGUGAUAAGACUGGUACCUUAACUUUGAACCAGAUGACUGUGGUCGAGUCUUGUGCUUGUUUGAGGAAAGUCAAUAGCAAUGAUGGCAAGCCAGACCUGUCGCCAACAAUAUCGUCUUUGAUUAUUGAAGGAAUCGCUCAGAAUACAACUGGCAAUGUUUAUGUGCCUGAGACUGGUGGUGAUGUUGAGGUUACUGGAUCGCCAACGGAGAAGGCAAUUCUGCAGUGGGCACUCAAGCUUGGGAUGAAUUUUGUAGCUGCCAGGUCUCAAUCUUCAAUUCUUCAUGUUUUCCCCUUCAACUCCGAGAAAAAACGAGGCGGUGUAGCAGUUAAAUUGCCAAACUCUGAAGUUCAUAUACACUGGAAAGGGGCUGCUGAAAUAAUUUUAGCCUCGUGCACGAGAUACAUUGACAGCGAUGAUCAGGUGGCAGCAAUGGACGAUGACAAGCGUAUGUUUUUCAGGAAAUCAAUUGAGGAAAUGGCUAGUGGUAGUUUGCGUUGUGUUGCCAUGGCGUAUUUACCAUAUGAAUUGGGAAAUGUUCCAACUGGUGAAGAGCAAUUAGCUGAUUGGGCAUUGCCUGCAGAUGACCUUGUUUUACUUGCUAUUGUUGGUAUAAAGGAUCCUUGUCGACCAGGUGUUGGAGAUGCAGUGAGACUAUGCCAAAAGGCUGGCGUCAAGGUGCGCAUGGUUACCGGAGACAAUGUCCAGACUGCGAAGGCAAUAGCAUUAGAAUGUGGCAUACUGACUUCUGAUUCAGAGCUUUGUGAGCCAAUUCUAAUUGAAGGCAAAGUCUUCCGUGAGCUUUCUGAUAAGCAGAGAGAAGAUUAUGCUGAGAAAAUCUCGGUAAUGGGGCGAUCCUCUCCCAAUGAUAAGCUUCUGCUUGUUCAAGCUCUAAGGAGAAGGGGACAUGUUGUUGCUGUUACUGGAGAUGGCACUAACGAUGCUCCAGCACUACAUGAGGCCGACAUUGGUCUUGCUAUGGGUAUUCAAGGUACAGAGGUUGCCAAAGAGAGUUCUGAUAUCAUUAUCUUGGAUGACAAUUUUGCUUCAGUUGUGAAGGUUGUUAGAUGGGGACGUUCUGUUUACGCAAAUAUUCAGAAAUUUAUCCAAUUUCAACUCACUGUCAAUGUUGCCGCACUUGUUAUCAAUGUUGUGGCAGCAAUUUCUUCUGGUGAAGUCCCACUAAAUGCUGUUCAGCUUCUGUGGGUGAAUCUUAUUAUGGAUACUCUUGGAGCACUUGCUUUGGCUACUGAGCCUCCUACGAAUCAUCUGAUGGACAGACCUCCUGUUGGUCGAAGGGAACCGCUGAUAACUAAUAUAAUGUGGAGGAACUUAUUGAUUCAGGCUGUCUACCAAAUUACUGUCCUUCUUAUCUUGAAUUUCCGAGGGAAAAGUAUUCUCAAUCUGGAACAUGAUACUACUGAGCAUGCGGACAAAGUGAAGAACACACUGAUAUUCAACACAUUUGUCCUUUGUCAAAUUUUCAAUGAAUUCAAUGCCAGGAAGCCAGAUGAAUUCAACAUAUUCAAAGGAAUUACUAAAAAUUAUCUCUUUAUGGGAAUAAUCGCAGUGACCCUUGUGCUUCAGAUUCUCAUUGUCGAGUUCCUGGGGAAGUUUACUACUACAGUCCGCCUUAACUGGAAGUAUUGGUUGAUUUCGGUCGUCAUUGCUGUUAUCAGUUGGCCUCUUGCUGUUGUUGGAAAGUUGAUUCCAGUACCUGAAACUCCUUUCCACAAGUAUAUCACUAGGACUUCUGCCUUCAAGUACUGCACCUCCUGCCCCAGAAUAUUCCGCAGGCGAAAAGCAAGAGCAGAGGUUAGUCAGUAGAGGAAGCGAGAGGGUUUUAAGUAAUAUGGUUGUGGGUUUGCAUCCCUUUGUUUUUGGCUAACAAGGCGAGGAUAGUUUAACUGUGGUCAAAUCUUUUGUUGAUGAGGUGCUUGUAUUUGGGAUUUUUUUUAAUAUGGGCAAGCCUCCCAUUCUAACAAAACAAGUCAAUAGUUAGUUUGGUCAUUUGUGCAGUUUUAAAAAAUGUAGUAGUUUGGUUUGUGGUUUUCACACUGAUAAUUGUUAAUGAUGGUUUGUUAAUAUGAAACAUAUGUCAAUGUGCUUUGUUUUGGGUCA